AGAAGACAAACCGGAUGUUUUGGCUACCUCCUGGCUAACGUGACGAAUUUUCCCAGAAGUUAUACCUAUAUUUCUCUCAGGCGUUUAAAUAAGUAAAGAUACACUGGUAUUUUGUACAGUAAAUACCACGAUUUGUGAUGUUUGCUAUUUGCUCUUUUGUGAGCUUUGCUUGAAGAAGCCGUUUAACUGUGCUAUUUUAUUUUUUACUUCGAGUUUUCCGAAUUGAACAACUUUUUUUACACUUCUCAUCCAAAUAAAACUAUGAUUAUUUUUCAAGCCUCCAUUAGGAAAGAAAACUUUGACGACGAAUUUUGAGUAGGAACACCCAGAAGAGAAUGUUUAUUUUCAUUUAAAUACACCGUGUGAAAUACACCGAGAAGAACAAUGUCAAAACAUUUAAAAAAGAGAAAACUAAAUAGGUUGUCUUCAUCUUCUGGCGAAGAAGAAGCGGGUUCAAACUGCCAAAAUGAUGCCUCCAAAAGGAAAAGUCACAAAAGAAAAAAUGACGAAAUGGAUCGAAAGAGCUCUAAAAAGGAACAGAAAAAAUCUCAUCAAGUUGACUCCCACAGCUCCCGCCAGAUAGCAAAGCCUGUUUACAGACUGUCAACAACAAAAGAACAGCAGAAAGUAUCUCCUAAAGAAGAGCAGCUUAAAAACAAGGGAUCCUUGCAAUUACACAGAGAAGACCAAUCCAGUAUAUCUAGAACAACAAAGGAAAUUAAAACUGUGACAAGGGACCAGUCAAAGCCCAAUAAGGCAAGCUGUGCUGCUUUACUUAAUCAGACAAUAGAGAAAAAAUUGAAAGGCAAAUUUGAUAAAAAGUGCUCUCAGGGCAGCUAUUCCAAACUAGAAAAUGAGCGAAUGAGUAACAAGUUAAAUGCUGCUGAACACAGAGAUCACAGGCAGGGUUCAGAGAGGAGGAAUGGAUCAGCAAGGAAACCUUCAAGAUCCUCAUAUGACAGCAGGAACAUUAAGACCCAUGAACCCAUCUCCUCCCACUACAAACAUUUUAAAAAAUGGAGCAACAUGGAGCAAGACCAGAAUACAAGUAAAAAUUAUCAGUUUAACAAGAGUACGAGUGUGGAUGCCAAAAAUCCCCCUACCACUGUCACACAGAAGUCUUGCAUUUCACCGAAACCCUCUACGACAGUGACAAACCCAAAGAAAUGGAAGAGCUUCACUUCAACCCCCGAGAGCAAGAAAUCAGAGCCACCACCAUCCACUCUGAAACAAAUAGACACUCUAAAAAGUUUGCCUGUUAAAUUCAAUUUCAAAAUACCAAAAAACAGACAGCCUGCACUUGCACACAGCUCACUCGGAAAUAAUCAUUUGGUGUCUUCAAACCAAAACCUCAAGCUCAAGGAUAACAAAGACGGCUCUGAAGUGAAGAAAUUGGAGCCAGCAACAGUGGAACCUUGCAGGCUUUUGGCUGGUUCCUCUGAUUCUCUUUGUAAAGAACAAAGUAAGAGGUCGUCUUUCCCUGACCAUCUCCUAUCUGAACGCCCACCAGCAGGAGAUGCAAACCCUGCGCAAUUCUUUGAUCAGGGUCAGGUAGUUGAAGAGCUUCAUCUUGCUCGGUCUGAAAAGAGGCUGGAGGUAAAUGUGAAGCAGAGCUACGGUGAACUCACCGGCAUGGACAUAGAUUCUGCUGAGGAAGGAGCCGCAGAAACCAAUUACAGGGAUCCCAAACAGAAAACCCUAAUCUUAGUUCUGGACACCAACAUUCUCCUCAGUCACUUGGAUUAUGUGAAAAAAAUCCAAUCUUGUGGCCUUGAAGCAUUGGGAUUUCCAGUUGUCCUGAUUCCCUGGGUGGUUCUACAAGAGCUGGAUUCCCUUAAAAAUCGAAAAGGUCUGUCAGGAUCGGUGGCCCACCUUGCAACUCCGGCCAUCUCGUUUAUUUACACCUCUCUGAAGAAGCGGGAUCCCCACCUGUGGGGGCAGUCCAUGCAGCAAGCCACUCAGAUCAGGAAUGGUCUGAAUACCGAGAAUAAUGAUGACAGAGUGCUGCAGUGCUGCCUGCAAUACCAGAAUAUGUAUCCAGAGUGUGUCCUCAUCUUAUGCACUAAUGAUAAAAACCUGUCCAAUAAAGCUGUCCUGAGUGGAGUGAGGGCUCUUAGCAAGGUUGAUUUGGAGGCAGGGGUCAGGAGGUCAAGACAUGGCCAGCAUUUCCUUCUUGACGUUCCGCCUCCUGUUCUGUCUCGUUUGAGCCAUAACAUUUCAUCUCCAGCGUUGAUCACAAGCUGCUCACCAGUCCAGCUUCCCAUACAGGAUAGCACAAGUUUUCCCUUAGCCACCCCAGAAAAAGAUCCACCUGUUAAUUCCCCAUCAGACAAAAAAAGAGACGGUAAGGAGGCAGAAUGGGACCUCAGUGGAUAUCUGUGUGAACUGGAAGACAGUUUGCGAGAUGUGCUGUCUGAAGUGUUAGAAACCGAGAUGAAGGCGGCUUAUGACGAACUCUGGCAAGAGAUUGUCUAUAUAAAACCUCCUUGGAGUCUUCAAGAUGUCCUUCAGUGUUUUAAAAAGCACUGGAUUGCUGUCUUUGGACACCUUGUCCCACGGAAGAUGUUGGAAACUGUUGGAAACCUUAUCAACUUCUUUGGCUCAGGUGAAACUGUAACAACUUUAGGGUUUCUACAAGAAACUAAGGAGUUAGUGAAAGCAUUUGGGAAACGUUCAAAACUUGUCCCUGGUGCCCUCACUGUGAUGGAAAAUAUUUUGAAUAAGGUACAGUCACAGCACCAUGCGUCUGGGGAGCAGGAACUGUCUGCUGGUGAUGUCGUCAUGAAUGAUGACGAGUCUGUAGAUAAGCAGCCGGGAUCGGCUCACAUCUCUUCACAGAAAGUGUGGGCUGUGUUCGAGAAUAUCUGGUCUCAAGUGUACCAAACUAGUUUGGAAGUGUUCAAAGCACUCAGCUUUGACCCUCACACCAUGCAGGCCGCUAUACCGAUGGGACAUCCUCCGCCGCCACAGGACGCUUUGGCCUGCUUGCACAGACUGUCCUCGAUGGUUUCACAGCUGCUGCAGGCGUUUGGCAGGGUCUUGUCUUCGACUCCGGGUUUGGAGGAAGUCCAGAUUCUUCUCAGUAUUAUUUACUCCAAUAAGCUUGUCAGUGAAGAAGCCAGAUUAACAGCUAAAGACCUUCUGGAUUGUUUCUCCCAACCAGACUACAGGGAGAAACUUGGAGUUGGAGGAAACCAGUUAUUGGAGCUAAAAAAGGCCUUGGAUGGUUGUGUUCAGACCACAGGGCAGAGCUUUGCCUUCACCGCACCGUGCUGACGAAACUCAGGCUCCCAUUAACAUCACCGACUGGCCGCCUGUAAAAACCUAACCUUUUCCUUCGAUUAAAACCUUUGUCGUUGACGGCAAUUCUGUUUUGGACCAUUUUUCCACGCUUGUUUCAUCUUUAAACACUUUCCCUACAAAAUAAGCUGUUUUGCUUUCUUUGUUGGUUGGUGUCUCAAGAUGUUUAUUCUUUUUAUUCUGUAAUAUGUGAGGUUGUACUCCAGUCUGUGGUCGGGUCAUAAUGGAAGUGUUCUUUCAUUAAAACUACAGAAUGAAAGAACAUUUGCAUGUUAUGUUUGUAUUUUUAUGUAUUUUUCUAGUAUGCAAUCACAGAUCACAAUUUUUUUAUGUUUCAGGGAGAAUAUCAAAUUUGACCUCUUGGUAUUUACUGGUAUUCUUGGACCAAGUGAAUGUGUGAUGAAGCCACAUUGUGAAGCUUUACAUCUUUGUUUUACUAGUGUUUCCGCUUGCUUGUAAUUUUUUAUUGUAUUUAUUGCUGAGCCUUAUUUAAAAUGAAACUACAUAGACACAAAACUCAUUCUAUGCAGCUGUUGCUGUGUUUCUUAGAAGAAUAACAGAAACAGCGCCUUCUUCCAGAGCACUACAAAAAACUGUGAAUAAUCUACUGAAUGUUGGACCUUUAACAUUAUUGAAGUGAAUGAAGUAUCUUUUUAAUGUUCCAGGUUCAACGGAUCAAAGUGCCUUCUUUUUAACAGGAGCCUUAUGGCUUUCCUGCUGUCAGUCUUCCAUGAAGGUCAAAUUCUUGGCAUGUAUGGUCAGUAGUUGUCCUUUGACACAUUUUCCCGCCUGAGCUCUGGAUUUCUGCAGCUCCUCCAGAGUCACCAAGGGCCUGAUGAAUUGAACAGUUCUAACCAUUUUACAUUUACAAAAAAUGAAUAAUUCCUGAAGCUUGUGGUUUAAAGGCUGUUAAUGCUUCUGCAAAGCACUGCAUGUCUGCCCCCAUCGUCGCCCCAUGAUGGGCUGGUCUAUGAUGUUUUACCCUAUUAUUAUUAGAGAUGGGCAUUAACCGCACUGCGGACCCUGCAAAGCUGGUGCUUUAAAACACUUCUAACUUUUCAUAGUAUUUUUUUUUCCAUUAAGUAUCUGUUGGUUUAAAAUGCUGAGAAGCCCAGAACAAACAAACAACUGCUUUGUCACUUUAAAGCUUGAAGUUACUGAUGUGAUUGUGCCUUAGAGAUGGUAAAGAUAGCUGAAUAACUUUGUUAGCAACCACUGUAUUAUAGAUUUGCAGUUUUAUAAAUUCUUUGUGCCAAAUUAAAAGACGUGUACAAGUGUAAAUUUUACUUGUGUAAAUUAAA